GGUGCCAACUUGGACAGACGGUGGUUGCUGAAAUCGUACGUUGCGGAUAGUUCCAAUAAGCAAAAUAUUAAAUUACUUAAGCUAACUUACAAACAAAAGUUAUUGGCCCAACAAGCCAAAUAUCGAACAAAACAAACUGAAGAAAUAAGGCAAAGGCAAGAAAUUAAAGAUGUGUGAUUUUCAACGCGAUUUCAAUGUCAAGCCAACAUUGUACAAUAACAGACUAAAUUAGAGUUGGGCGCGUUUCUAGUGCCGCACAUUAAAAGACGAGGGCAUCAAGCACUUCUAAGCGUUGUAAACGAAGCGAAUGCAAUCCGAUUAGCUUUUCACGUGUUCAUUAAAACAGCGCAAUAACAAAGAAAACUGCAUAACUACAAAAUCCAAAGAAAAACUCACUGAAGUUCCCUCAAGAUAACGAAAAUGCAUUGCCUUCGAAGUUUAUUCGGCUUGGGCUUAGUCACACUUUGCCUUAGUGGUGCGAUGUGGGGCUACGUCAGUGGUUAUCAAGUCGGUGUUGGGCGAGCUGAUUGCACCGGACCACCAGUGGAAAUACAUUUUAUGGGUUACGCGAACAUUAAGCAAGUGGGUCGCGGGCUGCAUUUGCGUCAAUUUGCGCGCGCUUUUGUCGUCGAGGAUGAAAACCACAAGCGAGUCGCCUUCGUUUCAGUCGAUGCGGGUAUGAUGGGUUACGGCGUUAAACGGGAGGUAGUAAAGCGUUUGCAGGCACGCUACGGCGAUAUUUACACGACGGAUAAUGUCGUUAUCAGCGGAACGCAUACGCAUGGCGGGCCUGGCGGCUUUCUUAUGCAUCUGUUGUACGACAUCUCGAUUUUGGGCUUUGUGCCACAGACCUUCGAGGCGCUCGUUCAGGGUUGCUACUUGAGUAUUAAACGGGCCACUGACAAUAUGGUCGACGGUAAGAUUUUCCUCUCCAGAACGACAAUACUAAAUGUUAAUAUUAAUCGCUCACCAACUUCGUAUUUGCGUAAUCCGGAGGAGGAACGUGCACAAUACGAGCACGAUGUGGACAAGACGUUGACACAAUUGCGUUUCGUGGAUUUGGACAAUAAUUUGUUGGGCGCCUUUAACUGGUACGCCGUGCAUCCCACUUCUAUGAAUAACACCAAUAAAUUGGUGACGUCGGACAAUAUGGGUUACGCAGCUAUACUUCUUGAAAAGGAGUAUAAUACGAACAAAGUGCCCGGCAAAGGCAAGUUUGUUGGUGCUUUUUGCUCGUCCAAUCUGGGUGAUGUUUCACCAAAUAUAAUGGGUCCGAGGUGCUCAAUAAGCGGCAACGAAUGCGACCUGCUCACUUCGAAAUGCCCACAAAAGGAAGGCGAGUGCUUUGCAUCUGGCCCAGGGCGGGACAUGUUUGAGAGCACUGAGAUCAUAGCGACACGUCUGACUGAGGGCGCUUUACGCCUUUUAAACGAGAAUAGCCAGGAGGUGACAAGCCGUGAAAUAGUAGGAGAAUUAGGUUAUAUUCAUCAAUUCGUGGAUAUGCCGAACUAUAACGGAAGCACCUACAAUCCACUCCAACGCAAAUUGGACAAGAUACGUGGCUGUCUGCCUGCAAUGGGUUACAGCUUUGCUGCUGGCACCACCGAUGGUCCGGGCGCUUUUAGUUUUGAACAGGGUACCAUCACCGGCAAUGCAAUGUGGAAUGCGGUGCGGGACUUUAUAGUGCCUCCUACACAAGAAGAUAUCACCUGUCACUCACCAAAACCUAUAUUACUAGCAACGGGAAGAGCGACAUUCCCAUAUGAGUGGCAGCCGAAGAUUGUCUCCACCCAGCUGCUGAAGAUUGGCGAUGUAAUACUAGCCGCUGUGCCUGGUGAAUUCACCACCAUGGCCGGUCGACGUCUACGUAACAAAAUUAGCGCCGUAGCUGUGGCCACAGGUGGCAGGGACACAGAAGUUAUUAUCGCAGGUUUAUCGAACAUUUAUACCAGUUAUAUCACAACCCCUGAGGAAUACCAAGCACAGAGAUAUGAGGCUGCUUCGACAAUUUAUGGCCCGAACACACACACAAUCUACAUGGACGUUUAUGAACAAUUGACAAAGGCAAUGAUAAGAGGUGAACGAUUGUCGCCAGGCCCCGCACCACCUUACAUGAACGAUCGCAUGCUAUCGAUGAAUACGGGAGUGAUAUUCGACGGUCAUCCAAUUGGCAAGGACUUUGGCUAUGUGAAGCAGCAGCCAAAAAAAGCGUAUCAAAUAAAUGAAACCGUUAUAGUCACCUUUAUAGCCGGCAACCCGCGAAACAAUCUAUUUCCGGAGAAGACCUACUUCGUUGUAGAACGAAAGAUCAACGAAGAACGUUGGAAGGUUGCCUAUACGGAUGCAAGUUGGGAAACAAAAUUCAUUUGGGAGCGCGUUCAUUUGAUACUCGGAUUCAGCGAUAUUCACAUCCACUGGACCAUCGGCACCAACACCUUGCCCGGUGAAUACCGAAUUCGGCAUUUCGGCAAUUACAAAUAUAUUCUAGGCGGAAUUUUUCCAUAUGAGGGUGUUUCCAAUUCAUUUUUGGUGACGGAAGACUAA